AUGCAAAUGCAUGUGGUCAGGUUGGGGUGCGUGGGGAACCUGUGGGACAUGGCCUGCCCUGAGUGCGAACCAGAGACGAGCCACGUCAAGCUCCAGUGGUACCCGCACUCGCACCACCGCGACGGGGUCGUGGUCGCCGACCUCGCCUUCCGCCUCCAUCAUCAACCACAGCGCCACCAACGCUGCCACGGCCGCAUCGAGGUGGCCUUCACGGGCGAUCGGAAGGCCGUGGUCACCCUCACCGCGCCCAUUCGCUGUAGCUGA